AUGACCUGCCACCACAAGUGGCUUGACUCCUUCAACACCAGAUGCCUCACCCAUAGUAUUAUCCUUGGCAACAACACUGCCCUCAUUAUCCACAGCAGUGGACAGAUCUGCACUUCCAUGCUGAUCAAUGGCCACACUGUCUAUAUUGUGCUACAGGACGUCCUCUACAUCCUGGACCUCAUGAAGAACCUCAUCUCCACCAGCCAUCUAGCCCUCAUUGCAAGCACACCAUGCCCCACUACCUACAACCACCUGCACUUGUGUAUGGGCCACAUUGGCAUCAACCACCUCAAGCUUGCCACCUCCAGGGCCAUUGCGCCCAGCUCCAAGCCCUCCACAAGCACCUUCUGCAUUCAGGCCAAGCAACACCACAAGGCCAUUGGACCUGGCCCAGCCCCCCACUCCAAUGCACCCAUGCACAUGACCUACUUUGUCUCCUUCAUUGAUGACUACUUGUGCCAUGCCACUGUCUACUUCCUCAAGGACAAGAGCAAGGUGAUCAACAGGCUCCACAACCUCAUCGCCUCCCUGCCAGCUGAGACACACAUCCACAUGCUCCAGUUGGACCACAGUGGUGAUGUCAUGCUGACCAGCAACAACCACAACAUCCACAACAUGGCCACCAGCACUCCUGAACCAGUGCAUGUGCCCCUUGAUGACAGCACAAGCCCCAGCAUUGAUCAGACCUUCAACUCACAUCACAACAAGCAGUCCCCCAUUCACAUGGAGGUGGACACCUCCAUCAUGGACAUCCUUGAACUUGUGGUCAUUUGA